AUGGCGUUUUCUUCCCUUAUCACCCAGUUUUGGCCGCCGUCACCGACCUUUACAGAGAAAGAUGUCCCCAGCCAAGAGGGACGGGUGUUCAUGGUCACCGGUGGGAACCAGGGCGUUGGCUAUGAGCUCAUCAAGAUGCUCUACCCUACCGGUGCCGUCAUUUACAUGGCCAGUCGCUCUAGGGAACGCGCUGAACAGGCCAUCAAGGACAUUGUGUCUGCAGACCCAUCUGGCUCUGCACGUCUUCGAUUCCUCCAUCUCGACCUCGACGACCUCAAUGCGGUCCGAAGCGCCGCGAAAACAUUCUCCGAGCAAGAGUCGCGCCUCGAUAUCGUAUGGAACAAUGCCGGAAUUGGAGCUGUGAAGGUUGGCUCCAAGACCAAACAGGGAAUUGAGGCCCAUAUGGGAGUCAAUAUCAUCGCUCCUUUUCUCUUCACUCAGCUACUCCUCCCAAAAUUGCAAGCGGCGGCGAUAACCUCUCCAAAGAACAGCGUCCGCAUCGUUUGGGCCAGCUCCUUUACUAUGGAGCAGCUAUCCCCGAAUGGUGGCUACAACCUCGAGGAUAUCGAGAAGGGCGGGAUCAACAACGCUUAUGUAAACUAUGCCACGUCUAAGGCGGCAAACUGGAUGGUUGCUGACGAGGCCGGGAAGCGCUAUGGCAAGGACGGCAUCAUCAGCGUAGCUCAGAACCCGGGCAACCUGAAAACCCAAAUCUACAGCACUCAGACUAAAUUCAUGAUGUUCUUCCUGAACUGGCUACUAUACCCACCAAAGCUAGGUGGUUAUACCGAGCUAUAUGCGGGCCUCAGUCCGGAGAUCACAGAGAAGCAACAGGGCGGGUUUAUCAUCCCGUGGGGUAGAGUCCAAGCACGUAACCCAAGGACGGAUAUCAUUGAAGCACUAAAAGAGGGUAAGGGAAAGGAGUUAUGGGAUUGGAUCGAAGCCCAGAUCAAGGCGCACGCUUGA